GUGGCUGCUGAUAGUACUGUGGCUGCAGCACAUUGAUGGGUGUGGGUAAAGCGGCAGCGGCCACUGGCACUGCAGCAGCAGCGGCGCGCACCGCUACAACUGGCUCGCGCUGCACCACCGCAUUGAAACCAUUGAUAUCGUCGGCUGUGUAGGUGACAGUGCGCUUGUAACCAUCGGCAUCCAGGACGCUGUAGGUGCCAACCACAUUGCUGCCGCUGCGCGACUCCACCUGGCUCUUGAUAUCUCCGGUCACCGAAUCGUGCACGCCGUACGAGAAAUCAUAACGAGGUGCCGCCUGCAACUCCACUUGCUUCAGUACAGGAACGACCGGGGCAGGGGCGGCUACGGUCUUUACAACUGGCACGGGUGCGGCUGCAGGAACCACUGUCUGGGCGACCGUAUAGGGAGCAGGUGCGGCCACAAUUGACUUCGUGUAGAUAGGAGCAGCUGGCAGCAGAGUCUUGGUGAGGAAAGGAACCGUGGUCUGCUGAUAAACAGCAGAAGGUGGCGCAGUAUGAUAGAAUCUGGCAACGGUGGGAUUCGGAUGAUAGCCAGCGUAGGUGGCCGCAAAGCCCCCCAUGCAGUAUCCAACGAGCGCCAUGAGGCUCAAAAUCGAUAGUUGCUGUGGGCGAAAGCAAGAGACAAUCAGCAAUGAAUAGUUUAUCAAAAGGCAAACAUUUAAGAAAAAUGGCUUUUGGAAUAAAUCAGAUUUUAAUGAACGAGUUCUUUGGCGAUGUGCUAGACCUGAACUUUAUAAAUGCGAUCACUGACGAGCUCAAAUACAAAACAAAGUCUAGCAAGAGAACGCAAGCGUCCCUAGGCCAUGUGCAAAUUAUGCUUAAGGAGUACAUGUUAAGCGAUUUUAAGCAGCACUUUAGAAUGAAUAGAACUACAUUUCAGAUACUACUCAAAGAAGUGGCACUUGAGAGAGAACAGACCAAGGACAUAGACUUGGAAUCACAACUUUUAUUUACUCUCUGGAUUUUAGGCAAUCAAGAGUCGCUUGAAGUUGUUGCAAAUCGCUUUAGCAUUGAGAAAAAAUGGGGACAAUUCGUUUUUGAGCAAUGUAUUCAAAUUCUAUCUAAACUUAUGCCGAAAUACGUGAAGUGGCAGACAGAGGAAGAACAAGCACUGACCGCAGAUAUAUUUGAAUUUAAAUCCCGUGGAAUCGUUGGCGUGACUGGCGUCAUCGAUUGCUGUCACAUACCCAUAAGGAGGCCCCUAGAAAAUUCUUUUGAUUACUACAAUGUCAUGAACUAUCAUUCUGUAAUACUACAGGGGGUUUGUGACAGCGCAGGGAAAUUUAUGGACGUUUUCAUUGGAAUGCCUGGGAGUAUAAAUGAUGCAACAGUCUUCAGAAACAGCCCAUUGUGCAUGAAAAAGGAUAGACGUUUAGUUGGAGAUGUGGCAUACCCAUUAAGCACGAAUCUGUUAACUCCGUAUGCGAAAAAAGAUGUUACCCAAUUCAAGGCCGCGCAUGAGAUAUACAAUAAAAGAUUGAAUGUGUUGCAUUCGAUUAUUGUCCGGGCGCUCGGGCUGCUUGUAAGCCGAUUCCGCAGAUUGCAAUAUUUGGAUGUUAAAACGCCGAAAGCAGCAAACUAUAUAAUAAGCGCCUGCUGCAUGCUUCACAACUUCAUACAAAUCAACGAGGAUACGGCUGAAGAAGAUGACAUCGAUGAAGAGGCGGUAUCCAAAAUUUUUAUGCCGCCCAAUAACUUUGUUGACAAUCAAAUAUGCGCAGAGGAUGCCUACGAGCAACGAAACUUUAUCAAAAAUCGAUUGAAUCAGUCGGUUUAAAAUCAAUGGCAUUUACGUUUAAAGAACUUAAUUUAUUUUACUUACACGUGUUCCUAAUAUUAAAUCGUAUAGAAAAUAUGUAUAUUUUAGUUAUUUCUGGAUUGAAUCGCAAUAUACUCUUUUAAAAGUUCA